CCAAAACCUAAUUAGGGGACCAACUUCUGCCUCCGUCCAACUUUCUUAUCUUCUUUGCGUUCUCUCCCCUCUUCUUCAUCGCCUCGUCCUCAUUUCUCCGACACCUUCCGCCAGAGUUCUAGGGUUAGCGUGAUCUAGCGUCAGAUCUCCAAUCCCCAUCACCUCCUUCCUUUUGUCGGAAGCAGGUAAUGGGUUGAGGAAGUUUUUCUUUUUUGUUGUUGCUGCAUAUGGAGACAUUUGAGAGAAAAUUCCCUAGGUGGCAAGUUGUAGUGAUGCACUUUGCUACGCAUUGCUUGCGAUUGCGCUUGUUUUGCCAAUCCAUAGAUGAUGUCAUUGCUGCGAAUUUGCUACAAAACUUGACAAAUAUCCUUUUACAUUUUGAAGACAACUCUGAAGAGGCAAGCAAUAUUAAAGCAAUUUGCCAUCAUGUUCGCUUGCUUAUUGUCGGCAUUAAAACAACCACCUCUAUCAAUGCCACACCAUUACGUGCCGUCUUCCUUGGCCCCAAGAGCAAGGAGGAAGUAGAGAACAUUGGAAAUGGGCCGAUCACAUUGGAUUUGGGGCCUUUGAUAUACCUUUUGACCAUUGGACCGCACGGAAGAGUCCCCCUCUUCGUGAAGAUUAACUUCUAGCGAGCUUGAUCGUUUGUCAUUACAAAAUUAAAAUCAUAAAUGUUAGACUAAAGUGAAAUGCAAUACCUAACAAUAAUGAUUGUAUCGGCUUCAGACAUCUUUAAAGUCUCAAAGGCAAAGUACGGUAAGACCAGUCAACUUUAAAUCUCGAGAGAUGCUAUUAAAUGGGAAACUUUUUUAUUUCAAUUAUUUUUAUAUCGUACAGACAAUUUUGAAUUGUUUGUUACAAUUUUCUAGAAGAAAUUUUUAAAAACGUUUUUAAAAAAAGGGUAACAAAAAAAGAAAAACAAAGAAACCAAAAAGUGAGAAACCUAAGAGUUACUACCAUAAAACAUUAAGGGCAAAGUAGGAAAAAAUGUAAUUAUUAACGCCUAUGGAUGAAGUAUUAGAUGGAAUGUGCAAAUGUGUGUUUGGGUUCUAUUAACUACAAGUUGGUAGACUGAUAUUUGGAUAGUAGAGGCAUUGAUUGUUGGGGUUGAAGCAACAGAUACACGGUCUUAGUGACCUGUCGAUCUGAUCCUAGUGAUCUUUUGAGUUUUUGAAAAGUUACCAAUAGGAUCUGGCUUACUAAGAAGGAUGUGUGGCAAAUAACUUUGGGUGAAGUAG